GUCUACCUUAUCCCAACAUAUGAGAACCCAUACAGGAGAAAAACCCUACAAGUGUGACCAGUGUGACUAUUCUGCAGCACGGAAAUCUCAUUUAGACGAUCAUCUCACCAAGCACACCGGUGAGAAACCCUACAUGUGUGGGGAGUGUGGAUACAGGACAGCUGACAGGUCUCACUUAUCCCAACAUAUGAGAACCCAUACAGGAGAAAAACCCUACAAGUGUGACCAUUGUGACUAUUCUGCAGCAUUGAAAGCUACAUUGGACAAACAUCUGGCAACACACACCGGUAAGAAACCCUACGAGACAUGUGUGGGGAGUUUUCCCUAUCUGGAGGACAAGGACAUAUCACAGGCGUUCACCUCUGACCUCGCGAGACGGAAGAACAAAGCUGCCCGAGUUCCGGUUUACGUGAAGAGAAAAACCACCAUAGGAACAGGAGAAAAACCCUACAAGUGUGACCAGUGUGACUAUUCUGCAGCUCGGAAAUCCAGUUUGGACAAACAUCUAGCAAAACACACUGGUGAGAAACCCUACAUGUGUGGGGAGUGUGGGUACAGGACAGCUAAAAAGUCUCACCUAUCCGAACAUAUGAGAACCCAUACAGGGGAAAAACCCUACAAAUGUGACCAGUGUGACUAUUCUGCAGCAUGGAAAUCUUCUUUGGACAAACAUAAAGCAAAACACACUAGUGACAAACCCUACAUGUGUGGGGAGUGUGGAUAUAGGACAGCUUUUAAGCAUUCCUUAUCCCAUCAUAUGAGAACCCAUACAGGAGAAAAACCCUACAUGUGUGACCAGUGUGACUAUUCUGCUGCACAGAAAUCUAAUUUGAACCAACAUCUUGCAAAACACACCGGUGAGAAACCCUACAUGUGUGGGGAGUGUGGGUACAGGGCGGCUUACAAGUCCCACUUAUCCGAACAUAUGAGAACCCAUACAGGAGAAAAACCCUACAAGUGUGACCAGUGUGACUAUUCUACAGCAUGGAAAUAUGCUUUUGACCAACAUCUAACAAUGCAUGCUGGUGACAAACCCUACAUGUGUGGGGAGUGUGGAUACAGGACAGCUGUGAGGUCCAGCUUAUCCCGACAUAUGAGAAGACAUACAGGAGAAAAGCCCUACAAGUGUGACCAGUGUGACUAUUCUGCUAUACGGAAGUCUCAUUUAGACGAUCAUCUCACAAAACACACCGGAGAAAAACCCUACAUGUGCGGGGAGUGUGGAUACAGGACAGCUAGAAAGUCUGCCUUAUCCCAACAUAUGAGAACCCAUACAGGAGAAAAACCCUACAAAUGUGACCAGUGUGACUAUUCUGCUGCACAGAAAUCUAAUUUAAACCAACAUCUUGCAAAACACACUGGUGAGAAACCCUACAAUGGCUACAUGUGUAGGGAGUGUGGGUACAGGUCAACUCUUAAGUCCACCAUAUAUCAACACAUGAAAACCCACAUAGGACAGUGGAGGCUACAGAGGGGGGGCAAGGGGGGCAGGAAACCUUCACUCUGAUUGGUUUAUCAGCUGUGCAUUACGUAUUACUAGGAAUAAGGCGUGAGUUUGUCACGCUGUUGCGAGUUUGUUCUACGUUGAUUUAUAAUGUCUGCAUGUUCCUACUUGUAAGGAAAGAAAGUAAAAGAAAUGUUGUGGAAAUCUGGAAAUACCAACUUGUUAUGUUGAUCGGCAUUCCCUCUACAAAUGCAGUACAUCUCAAGAUAUGAAUAAAAGUUCAAUCCUAGGAA